AUGGACCUCAAUGGGGUCAAGAGGAGAGACACCACAAAGGGCCCUCCUCUACGCAUCCUAUCUUUAGAUGGCGGAGGAGUCCGUGGUUACUCCAUGUUUAUCAUUCUCCAGGAACUCAUGCACCGCACCUUUGUCGAGAUCGAGGGGAGAGCCCCGCGGCGAAACGAAAUCCCUCGACCUUGCGAUCAUUUCGAUCUCAUCGUCGGAACCGGUACCGGCGGUCUCAUAGCCCUGAUGCUCGGUCGACUGCGUCUAGAUCUAGAGCAGUGCAAGGAGCUUUACGUUAGGAUGACGCGCAUGGUCUUCGAGACCGAUAAGACCAUCGCCGGCAUUCCCUACCGCUCAACCCUCUUCAAGGCCUCGAAGCUUGAGGAGGCUAUCAAGGAGGCUGUGAGGGAACACACCGUCUAUCAAAAAGAGGGCAAUGACGGCACCGAGAAUGAUAUAGUCAGCCCUCUCAGCGGCUACAACACGUCAAAUCCCAAGAGACAUGCGAGCAACGCCAGCACUGUCAGCUUCAGCGCACGUAGCCCCCAGGCCCAGAUGGCACGACCUGCCUUCAACUCGCGUCACGGUGACCCAAACGCAAGACUUUACGACGCAAGGGAGAACAGGACCAAGACCGCUAUCUUGGCAAUGUACAAAGGCUCCCGCAAGGAUAGCCCUGCCGCCGUACUGCGAUCCUACGAUUCAAGAAGAGAGCCCCCCCCGGAGUUUGACUGCAAGAUCUGGCAGGCUGGGCGGGCGACCUGUGCAAUCGGCCUCGCAUUCAAGCCCAUUCAAAUCGGACAGUCUGUGUUUCACGACGACGGUGGCGGCACCUUCAACCCUUCCCCCGAGGCUCUUGACGAAGCCGUGGUGAAUGAGUGGCCUGGCCGCGAAGUCGGCGUGUUCCUCAGUGUCGGCACGGGUAGACGGCCCAAAGGAAGUGAUGCGGACUCACAUAUGUGGUAUGAGGGUUUCCUGGGAGAGUUUGCGGAAGCCCGCCGGAAGCUCAUCUCCAAGAUCGAAGGAUGCGAGGCGAUCCACGAGCAAAUGAGGAAAGAGCACCUGUCGAAGCGGAACGUCAACGUCGAAAACUACUAUCGUCUCAAUGUGGAGGUGGGCGUCGGCGAGUUUGGUAUGAACGAAUGGCAUCGCCUGGCUGAGAUUAGCACGAGCACACGGCAGUACCUGAGGCGGGAAGUCGAACAGAAGAUGAUCCAAGGGGCUUCUGCGAAGAUGGCCAAAAUUCACAAAGCGAAUAUCAGGUUUUCCCGCCUACCAGAUGUCCCCGAACUGGUCAAGUCAAACUCGGAGACGACUGAACCAAUGUCGUUUGCGGUGGAACUGCCAGCCGAUAUCCCUACCUCCUGGCCGCCGCACAACACACCACCCAGCCGCCAAUCUUACGAAUCUGGUUCUGAGCACUUGCAUAUCCCUUCGCCCAUGAGCCCUUCGCCCAUGAGCCCUUCUCCAAGAAGUUCCGGCGAACGACUGCAACCAUCACCGUCACCGCGGCCCGAGCAACGACCCCCACCCCCGGCAAAGGACGACGAGACUGACAGACUCAUUGUCACUGCGCCCACCCCAGCGCAAUAUCGCUACGCAGCAGGCGCUGAUAAGAUUGCUAUCAUGAGCCCCGAUGAGCAUCCGCGAUGGCAGAACCAGCCUUACAACAACGGUCCUGUUCAACAAUCGCAGCAACCACAGCGCAUUCCGCCGCCGCUGCCUCCCAAGACGCCACUUCCUGAGCAUCAGGCAGCCGGUGGCCGCCGUCCCAUCGGCUCGUCGCCUUUGCCCUAUCCGGUGGAUGACGAACCUCCACCAGUGAACAUGGCUAGAAAGCCAGACUACCGCGGGAGUGACUUCCAAAUCCGGGACCUUUCCCCUUUCCUGCCGGUGGCGAGAACCCGAGAACCCGGUCGCCUAGUGGGUCACUACGUCACGGCAGAGUGGGCCCUGUUGAUCAUGAACCGACCUUAA